AUGAAUGGACCUGCGCUCCGGUCAACGGCCGGUAGCCUUACUCGUGCGGUCUCCCGACAGGCUAUUGCCCCUCGCUGUGUCACCAGAGCGGCCUUAUCCGCAGGUUAUAGCACGGCAACUCGAAAUCUUCAGCGUCGAUUCCCAUCACCACAUCCGGCGGCACGUCGUCUUAUCAGCCAGCCAUCCGCUGUGAUCUUGAUGUGCUUGUCAUACAGCACCUCAUCCAACACAGCACCGCUCAAGUCGUGCCCGAACUGCUCGGAAGCACAACCACUCGAAUCGCUUUCUUGUCCCAAGUGCACCACGCUGCAACCGCUACCAUCCGAGGUUGACUUUUUCAAAGCGAUGGAUCUCGACUUUGCUUCUGUUCCCAAAGGCGGUUGGCAAGUCGAUACUAACGCGCUGAAACGAGCUUGGCGUCUCAAGAUGGCUGUCACUCACCCUGAUCGCAUGGUCGGUCGGUCCGAGAAGGAACAGCAGAUUGGCGCCCAGCAGAGUGCACUCAUCAACCGCGCUUACGAGACGCUACUCAACCCUCUGCCACGAGCUCACUAUUUGCUCGAGCGACAUAAUGCUCCGGAAGUGUCCGAGUCUGAUUCACUCGAAGACGCAGAAUUGCUGAUGGAGGUCAUGGAGCUCAGAGAGAGGCUGGAGGAAGCAGAGAAUGAGCAAGAAGCUGCAGAGGUGAGGGCGGAUAACAAGAAGCUCUUGGACCAGACAGAGGAGACUUUAGCCCAGGCAUUCGCUCAAAAUCCUCCUGAUCUUGAGACGGCACGACAAGCUGCUGUGCAGUUGAGAUACUGGACGAAUAUCGAAAAGGCUGCAAGAGAGUGGUCGCCUGGAAAGAGGGUUGAGCUGCAGCAUUGA